GCAGUCAUCUGUAAUUUGCGUCUUGUCCAACUGUAACGCACGCAGCCGGCAGCUCAAGCCAAGCCAAUGUCUGCGGCGGCGGCGGCGAUCUCUGUUCCGACUCCAACAAGAUCAUACAGCAGCAAUUACUCGGCGGGAAGAAGACGAUGCAGCACCAUAAACAACAUUUGCUUCUACCGCCAUGGAUCUCCUCUUCUCAAUUGCAGAAGCUCAUCCUCCUCCGAAUCGCCCAUUCGCUACACUUUUUUCUCCAAUAAACCUCAUCGGAGACGAACUUCCUCCGCCGCCGCAUGGAAUUCGCCGGUCAGACCUCUCUCUGUUGUCAUGGAAUGGCAAGAUUGCACGGUUAAGAUGGAAAUUGAUGUUCCAAUAUCUGUUGCAUAUAGUUGUUAUUCUGACCGUGAAGCAAUUCCGAAAUGGAUGCCUUUCAUUUCAUCAGUAGAGAUUUUAAAAGAUAAACCUGAGCUAUCAAAAUGGUCACUCAAGUAUAAUGCAUUUGGUCAAGAUAUUGAAUUCUCUUGGCUAGCUCGAAAUAUGCAGCCAACCCUGAAUCAAAAAAUCCAUUGGAGGUCAAUGGAAGGUCUUCCUAACAGAGGAGCUGUGCGUUUCUUCCCCAAAGGCCCUUCAUCAUGUGUAGUAGAAUUGACAGUUUCAUAUGAAGUUCCCCAGCUCUUGGCUCCUGUGGCAUCGGCACUCCAACCUUUCUUAAAGAGCUUACUUGAACGGGGUCUUGAAAGAUUUGCGAGGUUUGCAAUGACCUAUAAGCCUGGCUAAUCGUUCAUCACAUUAGUACGGUUAAUGCAAAAUAUGUAUAGACGAUGAUGUAUUCUUUUAGCCCCAGAUGCAACCAUUGAUGAUGAUAUUACUUAAUGGUUGCAGCUCUUGCCAUGUAUGUUAACAUUUAAGUGCUCAUUUGAUUUGCUCAGUCAAUAAGUUGCUAUAUUAUCUUGA